UCAAACAUUAAAAUUAAAAAAAAAUAUUAAAAUAAUGGAUUGUCCUAAACCUUUACUUUCUCACGGAUCUAAAGUGUUGUUAGGAAGUUUUCUCUUAGCAAGUUAUUUGACAUACAAACCCCUACCAAAAGAAUGUAAACAACCAGAACCAAUAGACACGAGGGGUUUGAUGGAACAUUCAUGGUUACCUGCACCCUACAAAUAUAACAUAUCAUCAGAUCCACCAACAAGUUCAUCAGAAAUAAUGAUGAUGAAGAGUAAAGAAGCAUUUGAAAAAGUAAAUCCACCAGAAGAGCUAACUCCUGAUCAAUCUGCCAUUAAACUUCAUUAUGAUUACAGUAGCAUAGAUAAAAACAAAUAA